AUGGAAGAAGCAUUGUUGCUUAUCGAAACUAGGAUAGAAGAACUCAGGGAAACUGUUGCCUGGGGUGAAGACUACAUGGAUGGCGUGGAGGAGCGCAUGGAAAACAAAUUGGCGAACAGGCGCACGGCGAUUGAGAACAUACCUGACCAGUAUGUUAGAGAGAGCAGCGGGCAAAGACUCGAGGAGAACUGGUCUCGUUAUGGGAUUGAUUUGCUCCAUGCCAGGACUAUGCACCAAUCGACUGAACUGGUGAUCGAGGGUGUUCUGACGGAUAUCGAGGAGAUUGCAGAGGACGAAAAUGCCACAGUCCUAGAUUUCGCGCCGCUAGCCACGAGGAUCCUUAAUGCUUACAGCACCCUCAAUGGGGUUACAGAAACUUUGCAGGCAUGGGAACUCCGUUUCUGA